AUGAUGGAGAAUAGUGUCGGACCAGCGGAUGUUGAAGGUAACCACGAAGGCUUUGAAGCAGAAGAAGACAAUAAUCCGUUUUCCCAAUCACAUCAAGGACUUGCAAGCAUUAUGUCCGAUAGGAAUGCGGAGAUACCCAAGAUGAAAGGCGAUAAUAAACACGGUGGGAAAUCAGCAGCAGCUGGUAAUCUUGACGACGACGACGAUGACGAGUCGAUGUUGUUGUAUGCUAAGAACAAUAAGAAUAGCGAUUUAAGUGACCAAUUGAAUGAUUUCCAUGUUGAAUACGAAAGCAGAGUCUCCAAGCUCUUGAAGCCCGGGAAUGAAGUCAAGGUCCAUAUUACCGAGGCCAGUAACUCCAAUGAGGGCAUGAAUAACUCUCUGAAGAAGUAUGUGGUGUAUACAAUCAAAUUAGUCAAUAGUAAGGAUCCUCAAGAUGAGAUCCAAACCAGAAGACGAUAUAGUGAUUUUGAAAGCCUUAGAGAUGUGCUUACAAAGAUAUUCCCCUUGAUAAUUGUUCCUCCUAUUCCUCCCAAGAACUAUAUGAACUUUCCACUGUUGAAUAACUUGGUAGGAAGUCAAGCACAUGUUUUGAAUGGGUCAACCAAUGAAGAUAGUACUAGUGGAGGAGGACCCAAUGCUAACUCUUAUUCGUAUAUCAAUUCUACUCAUUUAAAUAAGACAAAGUUGGUCGAACAUAGGAAAAGACUACUCUGCAAUUUCUUAAACAAUUGCUUGAAGAUCAACCAGAUUAGAAAUUUGGAGUUCUUUGCCAAAUUUCUUGAUCCCAAUGCUAAUUGGACAGAUGAGAUUGUUCUUAUAGUCAGCCAGUUGCCUAGAACAGUAUUUCAACUGAACCCUGAAAACGGGUUGAAGACGAAUCCCAUCUAUGUCCACCUUCCUAAUCCGUCCAGUGGUCACACGAUUUCAUUUUUAAAAGAUAAUAAGAACAAGUUGAAACAAAAGACCAAUAAACUAUUGUUGUCCAGUUCUGAAGACAACACAAUUGGGGUCAAUGGAGUGGAGGCAGGAGCAGGCACAGGAGCAGGAGCACCAGCAACUACAUCAGUUUCUUCUCCUUCACCAACGUACAAUGAUUUAAUGGGUUAUACAGCCGAUUUGGAUGUCAUCAAUAAGAAGAUCAUGCAGAAUUUUAUUGGGCUUUCUACAGACUAUGGGGAUUUAGGAACAUCGCUCAACUCGUUUUCCUUAUUGCUAAUUGAUACUUCAAAGGUUAAAGGGUCUAACGAGGAGCUGAAGCUCAAUAUUAUAUUUGAUGAAAUCGGACAAAUCUUUGAUAGGUCUUGUAUUUCCAUCAACUCAUUACUCGAAGAAGUGGAAACCAAAUUCUCCGAACCUCUAGGGGAAGCGGCCCAAUACACACCUAUUCUUCAGACUAUCUUUAAGUUCAAAGAGAAGAAAUUACGACAACAAGGCUUAUUGGAUUCAGAAUUAAAGGACAAGAGAAAGGAAUUGGAUGAUUUGUUAAAGAUAGAAGACGAAUAUGCUCGUAUAGACAAUGCCUUAAACAGUACGGUUAAAGAUACCAAAUAUGAUCUUAAUCUGGCUCAGGGUCAACCAACAUCACCAUCGCAGACUACCAACGAUAACAACAGUAACCCAAGUACCACCAGCAGCAAGUUCAGGUUUCCCUCGAUGAACACCUUCAAGAGAAUUACCCAAUACGUGAGUGAAAUCAUAGAUCAAAAUCCUGAACAAACAAGAAAACAAAGAAUCGAAUUGUUGAAAGCCAAAAUUGAAACCUUGGAAAAAUGCCAAAAGAUAAUGCUUGAAGAUAUCAACUAUAUAACUGAUGAAGUUACCAACAACUUCAGCAUCUUCCAUAAGAAACAGGCUCAGGCUAUCUUCAAUAUUUUGUUAACUUAUAACAAACUACUUAUUGGAUGGGCAAAGAAAAACAUGGAAAUAUGGGAGCAGGUUAAAGAAGAAAUCUUAAAAUUAUAA